AUGAAUUCUACGACAACCUCUGCUGCUGCUGCUACACCUCACACACAACAGCAACAUCAACAUCAACAACAACGACUACAGCAUUUACCGCUGUGCAAACGAAGAGGUGGAGAUGGUGGUCGAGGAAGCUUUAGAAUAAAAAAAUGUCCACAACAUUUGUUGGCAUACAGCAUUAUACCAGUAUUAGUCUUCUUAUGUUGGCUGCCUGAUUUCAUUGUGGCACUCAAGGAUGUUUCGGUAACGAUACCACAAGCUGUAAAACGUGGUAGUAAUGCAAUGCUAACAUGUAAUUACGAUAUGGAAAAUGAUACUUUAUAUUCUGUGAAAUGGUACAAAGGACGACGUGAAUUUUAUCGUUAUACACCAAAGGAAAAUCCGGCAAUGAAAGUUUUUCCUAGCCAAAGUGGUCUAAAUGUAGAGCGCAAUCUUUCUAAUCAAAGUCAUGUCGUUUUAUUAGCCGUACCUCUGAAUAUAUCAGGCAAAUUCACUUGUGAAAUAUCCGUUGAAGCGCCUUCAUUUCAAACAGCAAUGGUAUCCGGUGAAAUGGAAGUUGUAGAAUUACCCGAAGAGCAGGCUACCGUAACGGGUAUACAGCCACGUUAUCGUAUCGGUGAUUUGGUUGACGGCAAUUGCUCAAUUAAAUACUCUAAACCAGCUGCUAAUUUGACAUGGACUAUUAAUGGCAUAGUGGUGCCUCCUCAUCACAUAAAAACGUAUCAAAUUGAAAAGUAUGAGGAAACGAAUUUGGAGUCCGUAAUGAGUGCUGUACAUUUCAUGGUGACCACUCAACAUUUUAUUAAGGGCCAAAUGAGGCUCAAAUGUACCGCUAGUAUUUUUGAUAUUUUCAAAGAGGAAAUUGAAAGCGUUAUAGAAGAAGAUCGUCCACGCAUUAUGGCCUCCGGUCAAUCGUAUCCACCCGAUCAUGGUUAUGGUACACAUGGUGACACUGAUGGUUAUGAGCACAAUGAAUCAUAUUUAACAUAUUUUUCAGCUCCCAAAUCAUCGGCUUCUCCUACAGCGGACUUUGUGUUGGGUAAAAUCUUGAAAAUAAGCAAACAAAAACUGUUAGAUAACUUCCAAAUGCUAAAGUCAUUAGUCGAGAGCACAACUCAAAAUGCCUUAACCACGACACUUGUCAAUAAAGUGAAAAAUAUAACAGCAUUGGUAAUAUUGUUGGCAGUAUUGCUUUUACAAGUACAGCAACAAGACUACUUAAGAAAAUUUCUUAGAAAACAAAUGACAGAAGACAAGCAAAUGGCAUAUAAUUGCAUUGGAAAGACGAGGCAAAUGAUGGGGAAAAUAAAAGAGAAUUUUUUAGCCAUAAAUUUAUGGCAUAAAACACGUUACAGUGAAGAAAAAGAGCAGCAAGAAAAUGAAAAUUGUUAUCAAGAUGCCAAUAAUGAUGACUGUCAGGCUAAAUGUGGACAGAAAAAACAAAAACAACAACAGCAACUACUCCAACAUGAUGAACAUUGUUUAGUAGCAAAUCAAAAUGUCGUCAGCGUAGAAAGUCCUCUUCUAAAAGAUACAAAUAUUACUACAGCACACCAGAAUAUAAAAAACAAAAUGUUUGCUACUCCAACAAUAACAACAACAACAGCCUUUGAUUGCCAACAUCGCCUGUCACAAACACUAGCCUUUGCUACACUGCUCUCAACUAACACUCCCACAGCGCCACCUACAUCCUGCUCUGUAUUUCGAUUGCCACCAUCAUUCGCUUGCUCCUCAUCAGCAACAUCAUCAUUAUCAUUGUCAACUACUUUGGGUUAUAGAAAAACGUAUGCACAUGAUAGUUUUCCAUUAUAUGCUGUAGAUGCAUCUAAAAGCAAUAACGCCAAGUAUAUGUCAAAGGAUCAAACAUUAUUGAUGACUUCUACUGCGACUGCUGCAACUGCUAUUGUUGCUGUUGCUACUUCAAAAUCAACUUAUGAAACACCAAGUGCUUUUCCACCCCUAACAGCUACAGCUACAGCUACUGCAACAGCAACAACAACAGCAUCAGUGAGAGCAUUAGUUUUAGAGUCAAACUUAUUGCAAACAUCUGUGCUACCCUCGCUGGCAAUCGUAGAAACAUCAAUGCCAUCAUCAUUAUCGUCCUCAUCCACAUACCCCUACUCAUCAGCAACACCAACAGCAACAACAUUUUCCCGGAAUAACUAUUUAAUGGCGUUUAUUGGUGAAUUGUUAUUGCAUCAAUGCUGA